GUAUGGUAAGCCAUAGUGGCUAAAAGUGUUAUAAGAUUUUGUCAGACUAAAAUUAAGCACGAUGUAGUCGUAAAAAAAAAAAACUUAUUUAAAAAUUCUGUUUAAACAGUUACAAUACGCAAAUAAAAAAUUUCUAAUCUAUUUAGUAUAUCAAAUGGAUUAUGAGACAUUUAAACAGAAUGUAAACUAUAUAACGCAUCCGCAACAUCAAAUCCAAUUUAAGGAAUUGAAAAAAAAGAAAAAAAGAACGGAAGAACAACAAUUUUAUUCAAAUUAAAUUAUGAAUUCUUAUUAAUUAAAAAUAUUAUGUAAACUGUUGAAAUGAGAAAAAAAAAGUCUUUUAUGUUUAAUUACAAAUUAUGUCAUAUUUGUCACCGCUACUUAAAUUAGAAAAUAUGCCAACACAUUUGGAGGGGGCUGAUGAUGAUGAAUGUAAACGGUAUGAAAAACGUUGUGUUGUUGCCGAAUGGAGAGUACCAAUUCAUGGCAAAUUAUUUCGUAUAGAAUUUGAACAUGGAACUACAACUGGUAAACGUGUUAUAUGGGUAAAUGGAUCGGAAAUUUUAAGACGUGAUUGGAUGUUUAAAUUGGUGGGUGAAGAUGUAUUUUCUAUAGAAGAUACUCGUUGCAUACUUAGAGUUGAUCCAGCUGCAAAUUUUCGAUAUUCAUAUUAUUUAUUUGUUGAUGGUAAACCAUAUGAGCAAUUUACUGAAAAACAAGCAAAAGCACUUAAAACUUGGGUAACAACUGUUAAGAAUAAUGAAUAUCGUAUUGUUCUAGAAAAGGAUUCACUAAACAUUUUUCUAAAUGGACAACUUAGAGAUGAAAUGGCUGAAUUUGUUGAUGGGGGUACAGACACAACAUUUGAACAGGAUGAUAAUAAAUUUAUAUUAAUGGCAAGAGCAAGUGGUAACAAACGUGAUGGCCUAAUUCAUAGUUUAAUGGUUAAUGACAUUUUGGUAUCUGAAUCAACAGUUACAGAUUAAAUAACUUAAUAAAAAACAAAACUCAUUCCUUGUACUUUAAAAAUAUUCUACAUAGCAACAUAGCAGCAAGUAAUUUAUUUAACCGUUUACAAUAUAAGUGUGUUUUGAAUAAAAAAAAAUUAUUAAUUACAAUUAUUGAUGUUAUAUGUGAAACCAAGUAAAAUUAAAAAAAAAAAAAGAAAAUUAUAAAAAAAAAUAGAUGUU